AUGAGUCCAGAUGAAAAGAAAGGGGGUAAACCACAUAUAAUGGAGAAGAGUUGGGACUUUAUAUCUUGUAUGAAUGAUUGCGGUAUGGUGGAUGCUGGUUACAAAGGCCUUAAAUUCACAUGGUGUAAUGCUAGGGAAAUAAGCGAAAUAAUAUGUAAAAGGAUGGACAGAACGUUUACUAACCAACAUUGGACUGAUAGUUUCUCCAUUAUUGAUAUUGAACACUUAGCAAGCAUAGGAUCUGACCACACUCAUAUGAUUGUGAAAUACUCUACAUCAGAACAUCCAAAAAUCAAGUAUUUCAAAAUUUUAAAUUCAUUGAUUGACCAACCUAAUUUUAAAGACGUGGUACAAGAAGCUUGGAAUGAAGACGUGGAUGGUAAUAGUAUGAGAAGAUUACAUCUCAAAAUAAAAAAUAUGAGUCGCAAACUUAGCCUCUGGUCUAAAGAGAAUAUUUGUAAUGUUUUUGAUAAGGUCAGAGAAUGGGAAGCUAAGAUGCUGGAUCUUGAAACUGACUACAUUGAGAAUGAUAAUGAUGAUUUGAGGCCUCAAAUUCAUAAAACUCAAGCUGAACAUACUAGGUGGUUGAAAUGUGAGCAAUCCAUUCUCAGACAAAGAGCAAAUAUCAUAUGGUUAGAGGAUGGAGACUCCAAUACAAAAUAUUUUCAUGUUGUUAUUAAUGAAAAGAGAAGGAGAGCUACUGUUCGUAGAAUUCAAUCAGAAAAUGGUCAAUGGAUAAUAGGGGACGAUUAG